AUGGCAACAAAUCCAGCAGCCCCCGAGCCCUCAGCGCUCACCCAGCUCAUCUCCUCUGCCUCCGCAUCCAACAAUCCCAUUGCCGCAACCACCCUCCAGAUCCUACACAACCUCCAACACCAACACCUCUGGACAUCUCUCCAAACCCAUGACAUCCCAAGCCCUCCAAAGAGCACCACAGAUACACCGCCAAUCUCCCUGAUAUCCGGCAUCCCCCCACAUCGCGUGUACACCCAUCCAGACGAGCAGCUAUACAUGCUUGAAAAGGGCCUGCGCGACGACGACCUCCGUCCCGAGAGACUAUUCGUCAUCCCCACUGCGCAGGGCCAGUCAUGGAGCGUGCACCGCAUUGCCGCUGUUUUUGACUCACUUCCUGAAAUUCCGAGCUCAAACAACACGGAACUAUCUAUGACGGAUGUUGAUGCAGAGAUGCAGGCCAAGCUCGCGGAGUACUAUACCAAGAAAGAAGCGGUGCGCGCAACGAGGGAAUGGGGCGGCAAGAGGGUGCUGCUUGCUAUGGUGGAUAAGGGGAUGGGCGGGGAUGGAACAGUGGCCUACUAUGUUGUGCACGAUGGCGAGGUCAAGCCUAGGCAGAAUUGA